AAGAUCCAAAUUUAUGCUCCUCAUUUUUUUUUCUCUCUCUCCAUCUUACUGAAACAAAAUGUUGAUACAAAGGCAUCUUCAUGGGCCCAUGGCCCAAAGUUUGUCGGUUAAACGAGCCCAAAUCCAAUGGGCCCAUAGCGGACAAGACGCAUCACGCGUGUCGGCAUCUGGUUCCUUCCACAGCACGCACUAUACACUAAAAUGACGAUACUGCCCUUCCGCCAUAACUGACAAAAAUCCAAAAUACCGAGUGUGUCCUACACCGGCCUCCGCCUCCUUCCUGCCUCUCUCUCUCUCUCUCUCUCUCUCUCUCUCUCUCUCUCUCUGCCAACGUCCGUGUCUCGUACCCGGAAAACCGUCACUGUGAUCGCCGGCGACUGAUCUCCGUCCAGGGCCAUAAAGGUGAUUUUGCCCCAACUAAAAUUUUGGGUAUAGAGGCAACGAACGGGGCGGGAGCAUUCUUCUAGGACUCAUGUCAGUGCCAAACGAGGAUAAUAUGUCUUCUCAUUCUCAGCUCUCAUCUCAUUUUUUUGGGGAUCUUCUCGACUCCAUUAUUGUUGAUGUUGCAUCGGAGUGUCACCGAGUAGCCAAGCUGGGCCUUGAUCGUAAUCUAGAAAAAGAAGAAGAAGAAUUGAGACUGUCAGCGCAGGCCCGGGCAAGGGUAGCCGAUCCUAGUAAUAGUGGUGAAGCGAGUAGCAAGUAUGUGGUUGACAUAUUUGGACAAACUCAUCCUUCUGUUGCCAAUGAGAUAUUCGAGUGCAUGAACUGUGGGCGUUCAAUUAUGGCCGGAAGGUUUGCUCCUCACUUGGAGAAAUGCAUGGGGAAGGGUCGAAAGGCUCGGUUGAAGGCAACACGAAGCAGCACAGCUGCACAGAACCGGUACUCACGGGGCAGCUCUGUUUCUUCCUACUCGCCUUAUUCAAAUUCCACCAGCUCAAACCGGUUAUCAAAUGGAACGCCUGGUGUUGCAAGUGAUGAGUACUCGAAUGGUACCCUUGAAGAGCCAUGAAAAGUUCGUGCGACCCCUGGCUAACUGGUUGACCACACGACAUCAACAAAUUGCCCCAUUCUAUGGUGAUGAAUCCUAGCAAUAUAUAAAAUCGAUUUGGUGGCUUUGGUCAUGCCAGCUUGACCUGUUUGGAUAUACAUUGUACAUUGGGUUCAUUUCUAGCUUUGUUAUGAGGCUAAUGAAUAAGAGUGCUUGACAGAAUUUUCAUGAGACUAUGUAUAGCUUUGCUAACUUGAAGCCUAAGUUGAUUGCUUCGAGGACAUGGGAAAAAAAUUGAAAGCUUGAAAACUAAUAGCAGGUUGAUGUUGAUGCAA